AGAAAUACUGUAUCUAUAUUUUUUAACGCGUCAUCUCGCGUUAUAUGCGAGAUCGUGCGUUUUUAAUGGUGAUUUUGUAUUAAAAAUCGUCGACGCGCGAAAACGCAAUUAACAAUGGCCGUUGCGUCAUCUCAGCAAUUAAGAUGGUUCUUAUUGUUCGUCGAAAUUCGCGACAAAGUCGCUUGCGUGCGCACAGGUAAAAGCGGUUGUCCAUGUCCAUCCGUUGGGACGAUGACAUAACCUCUUUUCGCGGAGUGGGAGCUGUGCUGCGUUCGGCACCCGAUAUUCUUCCAUCUGUGUCGCACAUGAGCCAGACAGAUUCGCGUAAAUUCCCGUGCAAUCUUAUUAUUUAGACAAUCUGGAAAAGGAUCAUCCGGUAAAAACAUGACGACGGAGAACGCGCAGAUUCGGGAACACGCGUCAAACGGCGUCGCCGAGGACGACGAUGUCGUGACACCGUGGACGGUCACGAGUAACAACGACACCGGAAUCGAUUACGAUAAAUUGAUCAAGAAAUUCGGAAGUUCCAAGAUAGACGACGAGCUGUUGGCCAGAUUCGAAAAGAUCACCGGCAAGAAACCUCAUCACUUUCUCAGAAGAGGGAUAUUCUUCUCCCACAGAGAUAUGAAUACCAUUCUGAAUCUUUACGAACAAGGAAAACCGUUUUACCUUUACACAGGUAGAGGACCUAGUUCGGACGCUAUGCAUCUGGGACAUCUCAUUCCGUUUGUGUUCUGCAAAUGGUUGCAGGAUGUGUUCGAUGUUCCUUUGGUCGUGCAGAUGACGGACGACGAGAAGGCUAUAUGGAAGAAUAUAAAGAUAGAGGACGCCAUCAAACUGGCCUACGCGAACGCGAGAGAUAUAAUCGCCUGCGGCCUAAAUCCCGAAAAAACCUUCAUCUUUUCAAAUUUGGAACACGUUGGAAACAAUGCCGCAUUUUAUCAGAACAUGAUCAGGAUACAGAGAAGCGUCACGUUCAAUCAGGUGAAGGGCAUUUUUGGAUUCGGCGACAGCGAUCCGAUCGGAAAGAUCGCGUUUCCACCUACGCAGGCGGCACCGGCCAUUUCCAGUUCGUUUCCGUUUAUCUUCAAAAACGCCAAAGUGCCGUGUCUGAUCCCGUGCGGAAUCGAUCAGGAUCCUUACUUUCGCAUGACGAGGGACGUGGCGCCUAAACUUGGUUUUCCCAAACCAGCCUUGUUACAUUCCUGCUUCUUCCCGGCGUUGCAAGGUUCGAAGACGAAGAUGUCGGCGAGCGAUAACAGCACCGCGAUAUUUCUCACGGAUACCGCCAAACAGAUCAAGAAUAAGGUCAACAAGCACGCGUUCUCGGGCGGUCAGGACACCGUGGAGAAGCACAGACAACUCGGUGGAAAUUGCGAAGUGGAUAUAUCGUAUCAGUGGUUGCGAUUUUUCUUGGACGACGACGAGCGAUUGGAACAGAUCAGAAAAGGCUACACCAGCGGGGAGAUUCUCACGGGCGAGCUGAAGAAGGAGCUAAUUGACGUGCUGCAGCGAUUGGUUGCCGUUCAUCAGGAAGCGAAGAGUAAAAUAACGGACGACGUCGUCAGACAGUUCAUGACUCCCAGAGAUCUCGAUUUUGUAUCGAAAACGAAAUAACCGGUUGGCGAGCGUCAGAAGUACCAGUUCCAAACUCGUCCUUUUCGCGUCCGUGUAUUUAUCUCCAAUGAUCCUGGUAGAGAAAAAAAAUUCGUAUUUAAGUUUAUUUAUUUGAAAAUACCUCGAACACGUUGUACUCUCUCUCUCUUAAAGUUCAAUUUAGUUUUCAAGUGUGUGUUACUUUUUCGUUAAAAAAAGAUCAAAAUAACAAUUUUUCUACGAAUCCGCUUGUCGCCUCGUUAUUUAGAAGCUUUUUUGUGUACAGAUGUAUAAAGGUUCUUCACGUUGAAGCUUUGUAUAUAGAUGACGCAGCACGCAUCCGCGGUUUUUUCUCCGUCAACGAUUUUUGUAAGCAAUCGAUCUCUCGAUCAAUCACGAUGUAAGAAAUAAAAAAUUGUGUUUCAAUAACG